GACACGAGCGCGGUGGAAAGGCGAUAGCGGCCAGACAGUGGGCGACCCAGUCGUCGUCGGUGGCUGCGAUAGGGCUGCGCCAUCCAAACAGGUAUUCGCCCAACCAUCGACGCUGUGCGCUGUGCGGCCUCGGUAGCCACUUCCCGCAGGGCAGGCCCCCGUCGGUGAAAGUCUGACGCGCGAGAGCAGAAGCCAGUCGCGGCAGGAACAACUUUUCGCCAUGCAUCACCUGGUGUUCUCGUUGCUGAUGGCAGUGGUGACGCUCACGACAGCUAAGUGCCAAAUUCACUACCCUACACCAGACCCGCCUGUGCUCAGGGCAGUGGCCGUCCUCACCACAGGAACCAUAAAGGGCACCGUCCAGUUCAUUAAGGAGAACCCCUUUGCGCAGGUGCAGGUGCACGGAAACGUGACCGGACUGAACCCGGGCAGACACGGCUUCCACGUGCACCGGUUCGGCGACCUCACCGACGGCUGCAAGAGUGCCGCCGCCCACUACAAUCCGGCCAAUGCUGACCACGGAGCACCUACUGAUGAAAUAAGGCACAUAGGCGACCUGGGCAACAUCGAGCCCGACGUGAACGGCGUCGCGCUCUUCAGUUUCUACGACCGUCUGCUGGCGCUGGAGGGUCCGCAAAAUAUCGUCGGAAGGGCAGUCGUCGUGCACGAGCGCGAAGACGACCUGGGACGAACCACGCACCCCGAUAGCCGCUCGACGGGCAACGCGGGCGGCAGGCUCGGCUGCGGAGUCAUCGGCAUCGCUCCCUACUGACGGCAGGAGGAGCUCCACCCGCGCCGCUGCACGGAGCCUCGCCAGACUCGCGCCUGCGAGGCGUUCUUUCGUCGAAAGACAAAUUUUUCUUCACCUUACUUUGUUUAAUAAAGACACAAUAAUUAAAA